AUGUCCGAAAGAGCUGAACUUAAUGAUUAUGUUGCUAACUAUUUGCAAAAUCAAAUUUUGGCGGAGGUUCAAACAAUAUCUGGAUCUCUAAUUCCUAUCAAUUCAUCAACGAUGAGUUUAGCUAAUCUUUUAUCCCCUGACACGGCGACAUCUUUCUCUGAUAUCAGCGCAAUGGUUGCUCCAAAAUUGUUUCUCGUGUUCUCUGUUCUUCCUUUAUCACAGAUUUCUUACAUGCAACCAGAUGGUCAAUUCUUCUCCUAUUACACCGAAGAAAAUGAAACUUUUGCAUUGUAUUCGAAUACUUCAUUUGUUGAAACAAUGAUAGCUCCCAAUAUUCCGACUUCGUAUAACUGGUAUACUCAACCCGUAGACAGUAACACUGGUGUUCCAAAUGGGGACGCCAUAAGCUCGAGUGGGAAAGAAUUCUUUGUGAACUCAAGUUGGUUUCAAGAGGCAAUGAGCAAUAGUAAUACUUCUUAUGCAUUUGUAGGUACCGGAUGGGGAAAAAAUUUAGAACCGUUGUUUUUCUCAGCGGCUGGUACUAACGGAGGAGUAGUUUCUCUUGGCUUAUCAGUGAAUGAUUUUGCAGAUGCCAUCAGAAGUGUAAACACUCUAGAAGGAACCCUGUUCCUAGCUACAUAUGAUGACGGGCUUCUACUCGCACAUUCUGGGAAUCUUAAUGGAAGUAUGCAAAUCAUUAAUGGUACCGUUUCUUUUGAAUUUAAGAAUGACGUCGACUUAACAAGUGAAGUUGUUAACAUUUCAUGUCAAGCUGCUGAUAACUUAAUGAGAGAUAAUGAUAUAAUGAUUUACAAGGAAAGGUAUAUGUUUUUUUGUGCACCCCUUGAGAUAGCCGGCAUUCAAUCUGUAUCCGUAUUGGCUUUUCCACGCAAUGGAUUACUAAGACCAGUUUCUCAGAAUAACCCGGUUUCAUUUUGGUUAAUGGUGUUCACCGUCGUAUCUAUGUUUUUGUCGCCGUUAUUCUUUCUAGUCUUAAUCUGCAGAGGUGCUAAGAGAGAAAUGAUCCUCCAUGCAACACUUAUAAAGCAAAUGGAAGCAACACAACAAGCUGAAAGGAGGAGUAUGAACAAGACCAUGGCUUUUGCAAGUGCUAGCCAUGACAUUCGUGGUUCCAUUGCAACAAUUAUAGGUCUUGCAGAUUUAUGUCUUGCCGAUAUAUCCCCUCGAUCUAGCUUGAAAAAUAAUUUGUCACAGAUGAAAGCUUCUUCAUUGGACCUUCUUGAUUUGGUGAACUCUGUGCUUGAUUCAACUAAGAUUGAAGUUGGGAAGAUGCAACUUCGUGAGCAAGUUUUUGAUCUAGGACUAGUUAUCGAGGAAGCGGUGAAUUUUGUAUAUCCACAAGGUGUAGAAAAGGGAAUAGAUGUAGUGCUAGAUCCUUGUGAUGGCUCAAUAAUGAAAUCUUGUCUUGUUAUAGGUGAUCGUGGAAAACUAAAACAGAUAUUAAAUAACCUGCUUAGUAAUGCAGUGAAGUUUACAAUAGAAGGGCAUGUCAUUCUUCGUGUUUGGGUAAAGAAACAAAGUUCAACAACUGCAAUACACAUUCCAAGGGAGAUCGGAAUAUGGAAUUGUAUAUCCAGCCUAUUUUACGAGAAUAAAGAAGAAGCUUACAUCAAUGCACUUCAUACGGUUCAACAAAAUGAAAUUUUGGAAGUAAUAUUUGAGGUGGACGACACAGGAAAGGGUAUCCCAAAAGAAAAGCAAAUGUCUGUUUUUGAAAAUUUUGUUCAAGUUAAUCAUAACCAUGGAGGCACUGGCUUAGGACUUGGAAUCGUUCAGUCUCUGGUUCGUCUAAUGGGAGGCGAGAUCAACAUUGUCAACAAGGAACUCGGGGAAAGAGGUACAUGCUUUCGCUUCAAUAUAUUUCUUUCUAAAGGUGAAAACUUGGGUUCUCCUAUCACUACUGCAGUAAGAGAAAACAACACAAUACAUCAACUAUCAGGAAUAGAUCUGAGUCCCAUAAAACAAUGUUCGCAUGUUGUACUCUUGAUUCAUGGUUAUGAAAGAACAAAAAUCAUUCAGAACUUCGUGCAGAACCUAAAGAUCAAAGUUUCAGCAUUGAACCAUUUUGAGCAACUUCCAUUUACUUUGAAGAAGCUUAAGAGAAAUUUUAAUUAUCUUAGCCAUUUCAGCUCUUCUGGGAAGUCUGAGUUAAGUUUUGGACGUUUGAGUAAGUCUACAUCUCACAAUUCUAAUGUAUCCCCUCUUAUCGUGAAAACUAGCAUGGGAAAUUCAUCGCCAUUUAUUUUGAUUGUCAUUGAUGAUGGCGUGGAAUCUUUGUCAGAGGUAUGUUCAAUAGUUUCUGAGUUUAGCAAGGAAAUGCGUGAUUCUCAGUGCAAAGUUGUGGGAUUGACCUCUUCUUUUAGGAAGAGUAUGUUGCCUGACUUUUGUGAUCACAUUGUACAUAAACCGCUUCAUGGAUCCUGUCUAUAUGAGAUUCUAAGACUACUACCAGAAUUUGGAAGUUUUGGUGAGGAAACUUCUCAAGUUGAAAUGAUCAGUGCACAUGGAAAAGGUAAUAAUGAUAUUAGAUCAAAUGCAAGUUCCCCAAGGCUCCAACAAGUACUUUGUGAUAAACCACUGAGUGGAAAGAAAAUCUUGCUUGUUGAUGACGAAACACUCCCGCGUAAAAUUUCCUUCUAUAAUCUUACUCGUCUUGGUGCCAUGGUUGAGUGUUGUGCAAGCGGUGAGGAAGCGGGUACAAGGACCUUCUAA